AUGUCUGUCCUUGCUUCACUUCUAUCACCAUCUCCAGUAGCAUUUCCUCCCUGUCAGUGCCAGGACAUGGACAUGCCAUCCCCUCACAACCAUAUCAACAACAUUACACUAUUCACAGCUUUGCAGCAAGCCUCUGGAUUGGCUCCAGCAUCAGAGCAGUCUUCAACUGCUUCACAGCACAACACAAUAAUGUCAGCUCAGACCAACCUUGAUUGCUCUCGUCAGUGCCACCCUUCUGCAACUUCCAGCACCUUGGCUGGGGCUGAGUCAACUCAGCCAGCAACCUCUCCUGCUUCCCCUUUGUCCUCCUCCACUCCUUCUGGUUCCAACACCACCACAUCUGCCAGUUCUUUGCCUCACCAAACCUCUACCUGGCCAACUCGAAUCUCUGCAACUCGCAGACAUCAAGCCAGUACUCAUGGCAGCAGGUUCAACAAAACAGAUCAUAUUGCCUACUUCAAUUGGUUGCCUAGCGACAUAAAUAACCUCAUUGAUAUCAUCUACAAUAAUGAUCAUUACCAACAUGUUCUAUUGCCAGGACGUUUGACUGUGGAACAGGAAAAGGGUCUGAAGACAAACAAAGAUGUUAUCUGCAGGCAGAUAUGGCAGGAGCUGUUCCCAGAUGAGUCUACUGUUGGUGGUGCUGGUCGAGUAAAGACUAAGAUUUGCUGGCUCACUGAACAAUACAACAACAUCAAGAAGACCAUCUUGCAGCAGACCGGUGCUGGAGUACUUCUUCAAGACAUGGAUCACAACAGCUUGGACUAUGCCACAUGUGAAUCGAUUGCUCAAAGCUGCCCUUGGUUUGAGCACUGGCACAAGAUGAUGACCAACCGUGCACAGACUGGUCCAGUUGUUCUUCUCACUGGUCACCCAUAUGAUGCCACCCCUGCCUCCUCUCAGAAUAACUUGGUUGAUGCUGAUGUGAACAUGGAUGAUGCCAGCAAUGCUCACUACCCUCAGCGACGCAACAUUCCUGGCAUGGAAUCCAUUCUUGAGGAGUUGCAAAAUGAUCCCAUUGGAGCAAGAGUUAUCUCAUCUUUUUCUUCUUCGGUUGCAGCCACCCCAGCUGCUGCUUCAUCUUCAUCCCACUCGCCCUUCUCUUCCUCAUCCAACCCAUCUUCGAUUGGCCCCACCCCCUUCACCAUUACCCCUAUAGACACUCCAACCCACCAGCACUCAUCCAGCACCGCUUUUGAGGCUGAUGAAGUGGACGAUGGUGAUGGUGACUCUGUUUACCAUUCUCCAGCCACAGGUACAACACCCAAGAAGUCUCGACCCUUCACUUCCAAGAGCAAGCGAGAAGAGCUGUCAGAAAUUGUGUGGGCCUGCACCCAAGACACGCUUCAGGCACGAAUCAAGGUUGAGGAGGAAUGCACGAAGAGGGAGGAAAUGUGCAUUCAAUUUGCCAGGGAAGAAAGUGAGAGACAAGAGCACAUGUGA